CUUCUAUAAAUACUUAAAAUUUGAUGUAUUCUCUCAUUUCCCUUCAUUUCACUCGAUUUCAAGAGCUCCGGAACCCUUCUCCUCGCAUCCUAGGGCUAAGGUUAGUUCUUGAAAAGGGUGUUGGGGAAAGAUAUUUGCAAAUGCAAGUAACCAAUUAUAAACACAAGCGUUCCAAGAGUUUCCCGUAUACACGCGGAUUCAAAGACAAUGUGGAUCAUUCAGUGGAGGAUUUUAGUCAAUUGAAUUUGGAUAAGGGUGAUAGAAAUGACUGUAGUAAGAGCAAGAAGAAGCAGUUAUCUGAGGAAGUCAAAAGUUCUAUGAAGGAAGAGAUAAUGCAACUCCAGAGAAUAUUAGAGCACCAACUCACAGUUCGACGUUCUCUAGAGAAAGAAUUGGGAUAUGAAUCUUUAUCGCAAAACAUCACUCAGGAGACAAUCUCAAUGCCUGAGCCAACAACAGAUUUGAUUAGAGAAAUUGCAGCACUAGAGUCGGAAAAAGGGCGUCUGGAGCAGGAUCUUCUUUCGUUAUAUAGUAAAAGAGCUUGUGAUCAACAGAACUCAUCCUUGUAUCCUCCCACAAGAGAUGACAUACUAAAAUCUCCUAUGUAUACCAAAAUGAGAAGGUGCCUUCAAUUUUCUAAAUCUUAUACUAAAGUGAGAAGGACAAAUUCUUGUGCUCAGCCUGAUAGACAGUCAGUGUCAAAUCCAUGGAAAGAAACAACUAGUACAACAGAAGACAGAGUUAGAGAAUCUGUGGUCCAUCGAAGUCGUUCCUCACUAACUCAACAUUCGGAUUUGUCAAAGAGAGCUUCCACAACAGGGGAUAUACCAGGCAAAGCUUUGCGUGCUUGUCAGUCUCAACCUUCAUGUAUGAUGGAGUACGCGCAGAAUUCUUCUUCAAAUUUAAUCAGUUUGGCGGAGCAUUUUGGCAUCCGUAUUUCUGAUCGUGUUCCAGAGACACCAAACAAGUUGUCUGAGGACAUGGUAAGGUGCAUGUGCACCAUAUAUUGCAAACUUGCUGAUCCUCCACUUGCAAAUCCGUGUCUCUCGCCAACCUCAUCCUUUUCAUCAAUGAGUGCCUUUUCAACGAAAGACCAAAGUGACAUAUGGAGCCCAGGAUCAAGGAAAGAUUCAUCGUUUGAUGUUCGUGACAAUCCUUUUCAUGUGGAAGGAUUGAAGGAGUCCACUGGACCUUACAGCUCAAUGGUUGAAGUACAAUGUAUAUAUAAAGAUGGUCAUAGACUAGGUGAUAUUGAGCCUUUGUUGCAAAAUUUCAGGUCAAUUGUUUCUCGCCUAGAAGUAAUAGAUCCCGGAAAAUUGAGUCAUGAAGAAAAGCUAGCCUUCUGGAUUAACAUACAUAACGCAUUGGUGAUGCAUGCAUUUUUAUCUUAUGGCAUUCCACAAAAGAAUGUGAAGAGAGUUUAUCUACUCUUGAAGGCUGCCUAUAACGUUGGUGGUCAUGUAAUCAGUGCGAAUGUGAUUCAGAACUCUAUCUUGGGAUGUCCGGUGUCUAAACCAGGAAAGUUGCUUCGCUUGUUACUUUCUUCUAGGGGAAAAUUCAAGGCAGGAGAUGAAAGACGAACCUAUGCUAUUGAACAUCCAGAACCCCUUCUGCACUUUGCACUCUGCUCAGGCAAUCAUUCAGAUCCUGCGGUACGAGUUUACACACCGAAGAGAGUGUUUCAGGAGCUAGAAGCAGCAAAAGAAGAAUACAUUAUAGCAACUUUUGGUCUGAAGAAGGGUCAGAAAGUUGUUUUGCCCAAAGUUGUGGAGUCCUUUGCUAAAGAUUCUGGCCUACUUCCUGCUGGUGUUAUUGAGAUGAUCCAGCAAUAUUUACCUGAAUCUUUUACAAGAAGCAUAACGAUGAUUCAGCAGAAGUAUUCUCACAAGAACAUCGAAUAUGUACCUCAUAAUUUUGAUUUCCGGUAUCUAAUCAUGAAGGAGCUGGUGAAAUCCCUAGUUUAAUGGUGCGUUAAAGCAUGUUUAUGUGCUUUUAGAGAUUUGAUUAGUAGUAAAUACUUUGACCUCAAACCAAUAGGUCAUGAGUUCGAGUCUCGUUAAGGCUACGUGAAAUCAUUGUUUAUCUCAUGUGGAAUUAUUGAGAGUGGGAAAAGAUUGUUUUGUGAGACCUCUCUUUUUCUUGUGUGUUUUCCUUUUCAGAGGGAACUUUCCUUUUCUCUCUUCUGUAUAACUGCAUACAAAUUUUGGAGUUAAGAAAUGGAGGAUUUGACUGAAGAAUGCCUACAA